UGUUUUCGUUGCGAGCUUGGAACCGGCGGAGUUCUUAUCGAAUUGUGCCUAGAUAUUUUGAUUAUUUGUUGUAACUGUGUGUGUGCAGAAGUUUACCGGAAAUGGCCACCACUUCCCGCACGGUCACCGUACUGACAAUCAACGGCCGGCGCCAGAACGUCAAGGUGGAACCGAACACGACGGUGCUGGAGAUUCUGGAGCAGGUUUGCGCCAAGCACAACUUUAACGCCGCCGAGUAUGAUCUCAAGCACCACAACAAGGUGAUGGACCUGUCGGCGAUGUUCCGGUUCAGCGGGCUGCCGAACAAUGCGCUGUUGGAGAUGACCGAGGCGAAAAAGAUCCGGACGGAGGCGGAUGUCCAGCUGGCGGUUCAGCUAGAGGAUGGAAGCAGGUUGGAUGGAACGUUUAAACCUUCUUCUUCGCUGCUGGACGUGCUGAAGGCGGUUUGUGCUGACAAGGCCAAUUCGGAAUCGAACCCGGUGAUGAUCUACAUGCGGAAGGAGGUCCAGUGGGAAGCGAUGGACAAGACCACGCUGAAGAGUUUGGGACUGAUUGGGGGAAGAGCGAUUAUAAGAUUGCUGCAGCGAAAACCGGAAGAGCUGCGAGUUCAGGCAAAUGUGUCCGCUCCGUUGCCUCAAAAGGAACGGCCGGAGGAAAAAGAAGAACUUCCGUACGUACGACGUCCGCAGCAGGUCGCACAGACAAAGGAAGAAGUCAAGCCGAUGGAAGUUGACCUGGCACCGCCCAAUUCACCAACAGCCUUCAAAAAGCAAAAACAAGAUUCCGACUGUCCACAACCGGGUCCUUCCACCGUAAAACCAAAGCAACUGCCGGAACCCGAUCUGGAACCACCCCCCGUGCCCAUCAUCCACAUCCUUGGCGACCGCGACGCCGUCCUGUUCCACGUAGAGAGCGCCGAACAGCGCAGCUUCGAACUGCCCGACUCGUUCUUUGACGUGACCGUCGCGGACGUCCGCCGGAUGUACGCUGACUUGCGCAACAAAGUCAAAGAUCUGGACGAGGCACCGCUAAUGACGACGGAACUGCGCCAGCUCGAAGACAGCAAACGCGUACUGAACGAUCUGGCCCGCUUUCGGGUCACGGCGAUCCGCGUCCAGUUUCCCGAUCGUCACGUGCUACAGGGCAUCUUUAAGUUGCACGAAACCGUCGCUGAUGUGCGGUCAUUUGUGGCCAGUUUUCUCCAAGAUUCCACGCUUGAUUUCCACCUAUUCACAACCCCGCCGAAGCAGAUCCUCGGCCCGGAAUCUACGCUGGUCGAAGCGAAGUGCGUCCCGCAAGCGCUGCUCCACUUCGGCCUGCCGGAAGACGCCCCCAAGCAGGAUAAAUUCCUCCAACCCGCGCUGUACGAGCAGCAGCUCUCGAACGCAGCCGGAGCAGCCGUCGUGGUGGCACGAUCCCGUGGCCAGGUGGAACCGGCGGCAGCUGCCGUGGUUGACGGAGCUACGUCGGCUAACAGUGAGCAAGAACAGGUGGCGAGUGGUGAAAGCGGCAGUGGCAUGAACAAUCGGCUGCCAAAUGCCAACUUUAGACCGUCCUCGGUGCAGCAGCAGGGUGGCGAGGUGAAACUGCCAAAGUGGUUUAAACCGUUGGGAAAAUAAAGCAUCGUUUACGGUGAUGAUUUUUGUUAAGGUUUAAUAAA